GAUCCAACGCCUGUUACUCAACUGCUCGCCGGUUGGCCCUCGCAAUCGCGCAUGCAUCCGGGCCUCUCCUCCGCUUUGACACACUGAGCCCUUGGCGAACAUUGAACCCUUUUUCGUGAUCCUUCCCGGCCUUUGUUCACCAUGGAGGACCCAGCAAGCCGUGUUCCCGCGCAGUUGGUAGGUUAUCCACCCGGGACGCGAUGCAUCAAUGCCAUCUCAAACCCUUCAAGCCGCUGACCAGGAUGCUUUGAAUUGUUCAGCUGCCGCACAUGCAUCUGGUGUCGCGGCACCGCUACCCCCUGAUGCAUAUGAUGCCCACCGACACCGUCGUCGAAUACCUACUCUCCGCGCAGAAGAUUGUUCGGGAGGUGCAACCCAUGCAUUGGACGUUCCUCGACGGCCCCCAGGAUGGUACCGUGAUGCUCACCUGGCAGCCGUUGAAUCACCUGGCCACCAACUUCGCCAGUGAUGGUUAUGUCUGGGCGGAUGCCGAACAAGUGUUCACCUUCGAAGCUCGUGGCUACAUGGUGGAAAUGUGGCUACACCGCAGUGGCUACCACCCCCCUAACGAGUCUUUGGCCAUUCACUGUCGCAGACGCUACCGACUCCUGCCUACGAAGGUCCCUAACCCCAAUGUGCCUCCACCCGACCCUUCACUGUGGAUUGUUCACUACUCGAGAGCGCCCCCGACGGAACAUAUCCCCGCGAAUCGAAUCCCCGUCAUGCCUGCGGUCCAAAACAUGCUUGCCCAGCGCCGCUUCCUUCAGAGCCAGGGUCAACUUGCACGCAAGGAUUUCAUGCUACACGAUCGAAACAAUUGGCCGGCGAUCAAUUUCCCUCCCCAGAUGGCCCCGCAAGGCUUUCAACAGAUCCCCGGCGCCUACCCAAGUGCCAUGGUCGGACGCCAACCCUUCUAUGCCCCGCCGGGUCCGGGUGGUCCGCCUCCCACCGGUCCUCCCCCGGCCAAGGCUGCGCGUGCGCAUCGUGCGGCGUCAACUGCGGUCAAUGCGGCCACGGCGGAUUUCACUCUCGAAGAUGAAGACGUUUCCACCGGGGACACCAUGGACCUUCUCACUCCUCGCGAGAUCAGCAAGAUGCGAUACCAGCAACACCACGAAUGGAUGGAGGAGGUUUUCGCGUCGCCGUAUGCCAUCAGCCAGAUCACUCCUGUCUCCCUCGGCCUGGGUCGGAAGGGAGAGCUGGAGUCCCUGACGGCAGGCUUCUUUGACGCACCUGUCGGACCCACCAAUGCUGAGGCGAAGGAUGCGAAUGCGUCCGUACAAGCCGAAAAGCUGGAACCCGGUAAAGCGGAAGAAUUCGCCGAUCGCGUCGCCAAGAAGGUGGCCGAUAUGAACGCCGAUAUUGAGAAGAUGAAGAGACGCCAUGCGCGGCGAAUGGAGAAAUUCAAGCGUACAUCUCUGCUGAAGGAUGCGGAACUUCGGCUUCGGGAAGCGGCGUCAGAUCCCGCGGAUACCGGUUCGGAGCCGUGGAGAUUGGAAGGCCGCAUCCUGAUGCCCACGGAAGAUGACGCCACCCAGAUGCCUCAGGUCGAAUCCGCGAAGUACAAGGUUUCCGACAUCGCGCGCGAGGUGGAAAAGGCGUGGCAGAGAAAGAUCGUCCCGGAGCCGAGAGUGUCUUGCGUGCAGAAAGGGGGUCUGUUGGAGAAGAUCGAGUCCGGACACAAGGCAGAGACCCCGGUGGAGGGCGACAUCGACAUGGAGAACGCAGACAGCCAAUUCCUCGACCAGCUGGGAUCUCCGUCUGCUCCAGGAGCGCCCGCCGCAUCGACAACCCUGGAGCGAACAAUACAGCCCGGCGCGCCCGCUGCUCCCGUGGCCGGCGGGGGUGUUCCUGCGCCACCUCAGCCACAGCCCACCGCGCAGCAGCAGUCUCUUGACAUGGACAUGGACAUGGGCGACGGACAAGCCUCGAACGUGGCAGCAGGUGAAACAGGCGACUGGGUGAUGGUCAACGACGAGAAGAAGGAUCAGCCUGUUGCGGGCGACAGCUCUCUCCCGGGCAUCGACACGCCAGGUAGCGGGAUCCACGGCCUGACUCCCGGCAACGGAGGGGGGGUCGGAGACUCGGCGCUGGACGGGGCCAACUUCGACUUCACCAACAUGGACAGCGCUGGCGACGCCCUCGCGGCCUACACCGAACAGAACGACGGGCUGGACCUACCGGACUUGGAGAACUCGGCCUUCGGGGAUGCAUUCCACGCAUCGGAUAAUGAAAACACCCAUCACCACGAUGACGACAUGGCGUAGGCUGAUCGGCUGGGAUUUUGGGGUGGGUCUGAUAUGGUGUUGAGGAGCUCUUGUAACCAUUUAUUUGGCGCUGGGAUUGUUUUUUACUUGAGCCGUGCUUUGACUGGUGCCGUGACUUUGACUGGUGCCUUGCAGUAUGGGUAUGACUGAUGGACUGACUCACUCUCUGUUGACAUGGAUCAGACUUGCGCAUUUAUUUUCUGCCAUCUGUUCAUGGAUGUAUCUAGGAGUCGUCUCUAUCUCGGAGUGGACCGGACCCUGGACUGUGAUGCUCAUCGAUGUACAUUCCAGAUCUAGCCAUCAGUUCAUAUUGUAUUUUAACCAGAUGUCUACUAACUAGUAGUAUCUUAUG